AUGAAAGGUGAUGACAGACAUCUUUGGGAGGAAGCUACACAGGAUGAGUAUAAUGUAAUCAAUGGAAAUGAGACCUGGGAGAUUGUUGAUCUACCUCCUGGGAAGAAGGCUAUUGGUUCAGGUUGGGUCUUUAAAAUCAAGUUUAAAGCAGAUGGUACUAUUGAAUGGUACAAGGCUAGGAUUGUGGCAAAGGGUUACAGCCAAUGCCCUGGCAUUGACUACACUGAAGUCUUUGCUCCCACAUUUCGUCCUGCCACUCUGCGCUUGAUUCUGGCUUUGGCUGCAAUAGAGGACAUGCACCUCCGCUCUGUUGAUGUUACCUCUGCUUUUCCUGAUGGCGAUCUGGAAGAGGAGAUCUAUAUGCUCCAACCAGAGGGGUUCCAUCAAGGGGGGCCUAACAAGGUGUUGCAUCUGUGCAAGUCUCUCUAUGGCUUGAAGCAAGCUGCUCAUCAAUGGAACAAGAAGUUACAUGCUGCUCUUGUUGAAAUGGGUUUCAAACGCAUUGAGGCUGACCACUCUGUCUACAUUUACUCCAAUGGAGUGGUCAAAAUCAUUGUCCCCAUUUAUGUUGAUGACAUCACUUUUGCUUCCAAGUCCAAUGCUGCCAUUGACAAGGCUGUGAAGGACCUCUGCACAUGUUUCAAAUGCUGUGAUUUGGGAUCCACCAAGUUCUUGCAGGGUGUUGGGAUUGGUCAGGACAAGGACAAGAAACUCAUCACACUCCAUCAGCAUCAGUUUAUUCUUGAUAUGCUUAAAUGCUAUGGUAUGAGUGACUGUCAUCCUGUCCAGACUCCUAUGGCACCUGGUACUGUCUUAUCCAAGACAAUGGGUCCUGAAAACAGUGAUGAGGUGGAAUUCAUGCAAAAUGUUCCUUACCUCAGUGCAGUUGGUUCACUUCAGUACUUGGCCACUAUGACCCAUCCAGACAUUGCUUAUACUGUGUCCUAUUUGGCACACUUCAGCUCCAAUCCUGGCCCUAAACAUUGGGCUGCAGUCAAGCAUCUCUUGUGUUACUGCAAGGGAACUCUGGAGCACAAGUUGCAUUUCAAUGGUCAAGUAGACUCUUGUGAGUUUACUACCUACUCUGAUGCUGCUCAUGGUGAUUGUGUUGAUACUGGACGUUCCACUGCUGGUUAUGUCACUACACUGGCUGGUGGGGCAAUUGGUUGGGCAAGCAAGUUGCAGCCCUUUGUCACUAUUUCUACAACUGAAGCAGAGUACAUAUCUGCUGUAGAAGCUGGCAAAGAAAUUCACUGGAUGCGCAACAUCCUUGGUGAAUUUGUCUAUCCUGUCAAACAAGCUUUGCCUUUACAUAUUGACAACCAAUCUGCUAUUACUGUGUCCAAGAAUCCAGAGCAUCAUGGACAUAUGAAACAACUUGACCUCUGUUUCUUCUGGCUGCGUGAAGCAGUCAAUGAGGGGGUGAUCACUCCUCAUUACAUUCCGUUGCUGACCUGCUCACCAAACCUCUACCUAUCCCCAAAGUCCAAUAUUGCAGAGACAGAAUGGGUGUUUUGGUUUAAUUUUUGA